UGUCAGGAGGGUCUCCGAUAAAGGUUGAUGUGUACGUAAAAGGAAAUUUAGAGUUGUUGAUUUUUUACACAAUUUUUUUUACGUCAGAUCAUGGAAUUUAAGUUGCACUAUAAUUUCGAACAAGUAAUGUGCGUUAACAAUUGUUCGUGCUUUAUCACCGUCAGCACCUAAAUUGAACCAUAAAAAUGCAAUUUGUAGAUUACGUACAUGUCCUUUUAUUUUGAUCAUUAUGUCAACACCAGCAAGGAAAACAUGGAAACUCCAAGAGUUCGUGGCCCACGGCUCCAAUGUGAACUGCCUAGCCUUGGGACACAAGUCGGGCCGGGUGCUGGUCACCGGCGGAGAUGACAAGAAAGUCAACUUGUGGGCUGUCGGGAAGCACAGUUGUAUUAUGAGCCUGAGUGGCCACGUCACACCUGUAGAGUGCGUGCGUUUCGGCCACACGGAGGAGCUUGUGUGUGCCGGGUCCCAAGCAGGUGCUAUCAAGAUCUGGGAUCUGGAGGCCGCAAAACUUGUGCGCACUCUCACUGGCCACAAGUGCAGCAUCCGGUGCGUGGACUUCCACCCGUACGGCGAUUUUCUUAUAUCAGGGUCGCUUGACACAUCCAUCAAGCUGUGGGACAUUAGACGACGGGGUUGUAUUUUCACGUACAAGGGGCAUAAGCUGACUGUCAACAGCCUCAAAUUCAGUCCUGAUGGCCAGUGGGUCGCAUCAGGGGGGGAAGAGGGCAGUGUCAAGAUCUGGGACCUGCGCACGGGCCGGAUGCUGCAGGAGUUUGUGGACCACACGGGGCCGGUGACAGCCGUGCAGUUCCACCCCAGCGAGUUCCUGCUGGCGUCCAGCAGCGCCGACCGCAGCGUCAACUUCUGGGACCUGGAGAAGUUCCAGGUGGUGUCCUCCACUGCCAAGGAAUCUGCUGCUAUCCGGGCCAUCCACUUCAGCGCGGGCGGGGAGUGCCUGUUCGCGGGCACGCAGGACGCGCUGCGCGUGUACGGCUGGGAGCCGGCUCGCGUCCUCGACGCGGUGCAGGUCGGCUGGGGCCGCGUGCAGGACAUGGCCACCACGGCCAGCGACCAGCUGGUGGGCGCCGCCUUCCUCGCGGCCAGCGUGACCCUGCACGUGGUCGACCUGCGGGCGGUGCGGCCCCUGGGCCGGGGCGACCCCGAGCCGCCCGCCUCCGCCGCCUUCGCCCGCGGCCAGGGCGUCCGCAAGAGCUUCAGCCGGGAGAAGCCCCUGGGCAUCUCCAAACCCAUUCUCGAUGUGAAAACCAUUGAAGAGUCGGACAAAUCGGGAACGGACCCAGAAGAUGAUGCGCAGUCCGUCGCAGAAAUUCCCAACGUCCAAGACUACCGUGAUGUAUUCCAGCCAAAUCGCAGCCUCAACCGCACUCCUCCACCGUUUAUAGCACCAGUAGAUGAGGAGCCGCCGCCGGAACCACAAGCGCUGCAGCCGAUCCUGCCCGUGGUGGAGGGCGUGAAGGGCCCCCCCGAGCUGCUCACCCCGCCCUACUCGCCCCCGCCCACGCGCCAGGACACCGCCAUCCCCCGGCCCAGGGCCCCUGCCCCGACGCAGGUCAAGCACGCUGUCCGCCCGCUCGGCUUCUCCAAGGAGGCUCCCGCCGCGUCGGAGCCCGUCGAGCCCGUCAGACUCAACUCCUUGCGACACAGUCCGUCGGAGCCAUCCCUGUAUCGUCCCAACGGACACAAAAGAUCUCACUCGCUCAGUCGCAACUUGGCUCCAGCGAGCAAGACCCAGGCUUCGUCCGCAGCAUCUGUCCCCACGGCGUCGUACAGCCGGCCGACGGCGAGACCAGUAGCUGCCCCUUCGUCUCCCGUUCGACUCAACUGCCCCGUCGUGCAGUCGAAAGGCAGCGACAGGGAAGAUGAUGAUUUUGUUCCUAUGGCAUCUGACAAGCCCACUGGGCUCAGCUUGGAUGAUUUCUUGCCGAGGAACGGCACCCACAUACUGGGGUACGAGCGGUCCCGGCCGGAGAUGUCUGAGGAGGAGGUGCUGUCUUCCAUCACGAGGGGCCACGACUCCAUGAUGGUGGUCCUCAGCAAUCGCCAGAGGAGUCUGCAGAUUGUGUACUCCGUGUGGCACAACAAGGACUCAAAGGCUGCAAUAGACUCGGCUGUGGCUAUGAAUGACCCAUCUGUUCUCGUGGAUCUUUUAGGUGUUUUAUGUUUGAGGCCGGCUAUCUGGAACUUGGAUCUGUGUGUUGCCCUCCUACCAACCAUCUACGAGCUAAUACAGAGCAAGUAUGAACUAUACAUGAAGGUGGGCAGUGACAGCCUGCGACUGGUGCUCAGGAACUUUGCCCCCAUCAUAAAGACUAACGUGCACGCACCCAUACAGACAGUCGGUGUGGACAUCUCGCGAGAGGAGAGGUACACAAAAUGUGUGAACUGCUACAAGAAGCUGAUGAGCGUUCGAGCCUUCCUGUUGAAGCGACAGACGUUACAGGGUAAACUGGGCCAGACGUUCCGUGAAUUGCUUUUGCUCAUGGAGGGUCUUGAUUAGUGAGUGCUCAAACAAACGCUCAUCUAUGGAGUUUUCAGGGAUUAACAACUAGUAACUCAUAAGCUUUAGAAUGCAAGUAACUUGUAAUGAUUUUGUAUUUACUCUUACCAGUAUUGAUUCAUACCAUCAGAACAGAAGGUUCCUGAUGAAAUAACAUAUCAUUCCAUUGUUACAGCAUAUAAACGUUUUUUAGCGGAAUGUUUUGUAUGUAGUUUUUAAUCAGUUUUACCUGAAUAAAUUUUUUCUUUGUAACUUACUUGUGCCUCAUGGUAAAUUAUUUUUUACUGUUUCUUAAUGUUUAGGGUAAUGGUGGAGUGUUUCUUCUCCCAAAGUGUAAAAUCCGUCCAGUACUAUCAGGAAAUAACUCUUGUCUUGACUGUAUUUGUCAGUGCUGAAAGUGCAUUUAAGUGGCUAUCUUUAGAUCACUGUAAUAGACUGAUUUUUGUCAGUUGUUAGUGUAAAACACAUGUGGUUUUGUACAUUAGUAUUUGUUUUUAUAUAAAAUGUAAAACUUUUAAUGCUGUGAAGUUUGCUUCUGUAUAUAUGUAUAGUCUGUUGCUUAAUGUUACUUUUUUUGGCGUGAAGUUAAAUGGUUGUGCCUUCAAAUACAAACUGAUUGUUAAUCUUGCCAUCAUGAAAGUCACUCUUUGGUUUCUAGAUACAAUUUUUUACAGUGUGCCAUUAGAGAAACACAUAGUGUGUAUGAAAACAAGUCGCCAUAAAUGUACAUUUUUAUGCAGGUAGCCAGCUAAUGAAAGUUUUUGUAACCCACUGAUCUGUAAUUUUGAAUUUGUUGUGUGUAUGCUCAAUAAUUAUUAUUAAAAACAUUCAUUUUGUUAA